CGAUUCUGGGGUCUCUCUCUCUCUACGUUGAUAUUUAGACUCCCUCUUAGGCAUAUUCACGUGCAAAAGAAGGACAAGGGGAAAUCGGAAUCGUAAUGCAAAGGCGGCGUUAUGGCACUACAAGGCUGGCGCUUUUUCGGUGUCUCGGCAACCAUCAUCAUCUACAUAGGCGGCGUUUUAUUUCUAUCCAUGAACAAUAUACCUGGAUCGCAUCCAAAACGCACACGGAUCGAGCGUUUUGCCGAGUUUCCCAGCUUUCAUAGUCCUCGAUUUCCUAUGCCUAGCCGCAAGAUGACCAUACGCUGGUGUCGAGAUCUCAAAUAUAUAAAUCGUGAUCUUCCAAAUUAUACAGAUUACAAGGCUGGAGAUUUUUUCACAGCUGCCCUGCCCAGCAGCAUUCUAGGCAGCAGCAGCAGCAGCGAUGGCGAUGCGUUAAUGCCACCAAUGGCCAUGCCCAUGCUAACGGCUUUGGCCAGUUUUCCGGGCAGUGGUAACACUUGGUUGCGUUAUUUGCUGCAGCAAGCGACUGGCAUACUCACGGGCAGCAUCUAUAAGGAUUAUGGACUGCUCAAGACCGGAUUUCCGGCCGAAAAUGUCUGCAAUAGCUCAGUAUUAUUAGUGAAAACACACGAAUGGGGCUCCAAGGCUUGGGCUCCGUUCUCCAAGGCCAUAUUGCUGGUCCGCGAUCCGGAGAAGGCCAUUAUAGCCGAGUUUAAUCGGCAGAGUGGCGGCCACAUUGGUUUCGCCUCACCCGAUCGCUACAAGCGUACCAAAGGCAAAUAUUGGCAACAGUUUGUUAGCAAUAAGCUUAAGGGCUGGGAGCUAAUGAAUCUUAGCUGGGCCCGCAAUUUUACUGGCAGUAUUAAGGUUGUAUUCUAUGAUGACUUGGUCCAUCAUACCGAACGUGAAUUGCGAGCAAUUUUGGAAUUUCUUGAAUAUCCUGUGGAUGAGCAGCUAUUGCGUUGCGCUAUAAUGCGCAAGGAGGGCAUAUUUAGACGUAAGAAACGUGUGUUAUCCUUUGAUCCCUAUACGGAUGCCAUGCGACUGGAAGUACAGACACGUAAACGUUGGGUCUACGGCCAAUUGGGCAGACAGGAGUAACAACAAUAAGGACAACAACGAGACGAAAGCAACGAUUAUGGAGCAACGUGCAAUAACAAGACAAAGAGGGACAAAAUACGAAACACAAGAAAACCAAAUACGUACCACCAACAAUAGCAAUAUCCUUACUAAUAUACUCCAUGCCACGCCCAUAACCGUGCCCCUGCCCUUGCCCAUCCCGGCCACUCAAUGUUUUCUUCCUUCGUACCACACAAAACGACUGCAAUGCAUCAAAUAGUAAUAGUAAUAUUUAUAAUUACAAUAAUAAUAAUUAACAAUUUAUAUUUCACAUAGGACCAUAGAUCUCAAUGAUGGAAUCAAAUUGCAAUAGGAUAGAUAGUUUAGACCUUAAAUUUUGGACCCACUUUUUUCCACACUGUGUGCGCCUUCUUCCAAAUCAAAUCAAAUCAAACCAAAACCAAAUUGUUUUCGCAUUGUAUCGGUUGCUUAUAGCCAAAUAAUAGCAUAAGCUUAUAGCCUAAAAUUAGUUACUACUACUACUACAACUACAACUAGUUUUAUUUUUGUCUAACUGUUGGUUUUUUUUUCCACUAGCCUUUAAGUUUUGUUAGCUCUUUAUACCUUUAUAUACAUAUAUAUAUAGUUCAAAAAUGUGGAGAAAUAAGGUAUUCUGAUUCCUGUACGAAUUUAUGAAAUUCAUUAUACGCCAUGUUGUCAUAUGCUUUAUCGCUCAUCCAUAUAUAUAUGUGUAUGCAUGCAUGUACAUACAUAUAUUCAUUGAUAUUUUGCUCUGAUCAAUAACAUUAACAACAACAACAACAACAAUUAGACUAUCCUUGUAAAAAGUUUUAUACACAAUUCUACAAAACAAAACAGGAAAAAGAAAAACGAGAAAAUGAAAUAACGUUAAUUUAUGAUUAUAUUAGAUAAUUGUACAAAUUUGAAACUGAAAUAAA